AUGGAUGCAAUCAUCGUGACUCGCAUCCACAGCACUGCCAAGACCGCCGUGUCCAACUGGUGUCGGCAAUGGAAGCCGAAGCAGAGUCCGCCCAGUCGGCUCUGCGACUUGAAAUUCUAUCGUCACUUUGUCGCGACUUCUACAGAGUCAGACAGCAGCGUCGAUUACUUUGAUCACAACGCCAUCAACGCCGACAAGAUGGUGGUAAGCGAAGAGAAGUCACUGCCAGCGACUCCUCGAGCGUACCUCUGUCGAUGGCUGAUGUUGCGUAUCAUUGCGUGCCAUUCCUGGAGAUAA